UUUCGACAAAAGGGCAUAGAGGUUUAUGUUGAUGAGACGGCAGAGAGAGGAGAUACAAUAUCACCUGCACUUUCAGAAGCAAUAGAAAGAUCAAGAAUUGCGCUGGUGAUAUUCUCUGAAAACUAUGCUUCUUCAAGGUGGUGCUUAGAAGAGCUAGUGAAAAUCAUGCAAUGCAGGCAAGACCAUAGUCAGAUUGUAAUUCCAGUUUUCUAUGAUAUAGACCCAUCAAAUGUUAGGCGUCAAAAAGGAUCGUAUGAAGGUGCAUUUGUUCAGCAUCGUAACUGCAGAGUUGAUUCAAGGAAGUUGCAAGAUUGGAGAUCGGUCUUAAAAGAAACUGCAGACAUAUUUGGUUAUCAUAAUUCCUCAAAUUUUCGGGAUGAAGCUGACCUUAUUGAUGAAAUAAUCAAAGAUGUAUGCAAAAAGCUAGAAGGUAAAGGUAAAGACACAGUGGAGCCAAAGGACCAUAUUGGAAUUGAGAAAAAUUUGACUCCUAUUGAAUUAUUUAUGGAAGAUGAAUCACAUGAAGUUAGAGUUUUAGGAAUUUGGGGUAAAGGAGGAAUAGGCAAAACCACCUUAGCUCAUGCCACAUUUGAUAACUUUUACCACCAAUUUGAUAGGUCUUACUUUGCUGAAAAUGUGAGAGAGAAAUCAAAAAAGAUUGGAAUGGAUUGUUUGCUUGAAGAAAUUCUCUCUGUUCUACUAGAUGAAGAAAAGCCCCGAAUGGUUGGAAAGCCUAAUAUUCAAAGGAGGCUACGUAGAACAAGAGUUCUUCUAGUUCUUGAUGAUGUAGACACCUCCAGUCAAUUACAAUAUCUUAUUGAUGAAAAUCUUUCAUUGGGACCAAGUAGCAAAGUCAUCAUAACAAGUAGAGACAGGCAUGUUCUUAUUAGUGGAGGAGCUCAUGAAGUACAUGAGGUGAAAGAAUUAGGCAAGGAAGAAUCGCUUCAACUUUUUUGCUGGCAUGCUUUCAAGCAAGGCCAUCCCGAACAAGGAUAUGAAAAGUUAUCAAUGCAGGUAAUUGAAUAUGCAAAAGGUCUUCCUCUGGCAUUAAAAGUUUUGGGUUCAUAUUUGAACUCUAGAAAUACAGAAGCAUGGGAGAAAAAGAAAGAAGAUAUUAUGAGGGUGCUAGACGCUUGUGAUGAUGACCUCUACGUGGACAUUGGAAUAGAUACGCUUCUGGAUAAAGCACUCAUAACCAUUUCAAGUCACAAUGGAGUAGAAAUUCAUGAUAUGCUACAAGAAAUGGCUGAAGAAAUAGUUCGUGAAGAAUCUAGAGAGCACCCUGAAAGUCGAAGUCGAUUAAAUGAUGCAAAAGAAGUUCAAGAUAUACUGGAAAAUAACAAGGGAACUAAUAUAAUUGAAGGCAUCGCAUUGAACACAUGUGAGUUAAAAAGCAACAUACGCCUGAGUGCUGACGGCUUUAGUAGAAUGAGUAAUUUAAAAUUUCUCAAGAUUAAUUCUUAUUUUCGAGACAAAUAUCAAGUGCUUUGUCCCUUUGGUCUAGAGUCACUUCCUGAUAAACUAAGAUAUUUUUGUUGGGAAAGUUAUCCAUUGGAGACUCUACCGCUUGGUUUUUGUGCAAAGAAUCUUGUUGAAAUCCAACUGCCUUCUAGCAAACUUGUAAAACUAUGGGAUGGUGCGCAGGAUCUUAUGAAUUUGAAGAAAAUAAAUCUUGCCUGCUCAAAGUUAAAGGAGUUGCCUGAUUUCUCCACGGCACAAAAUCUUGAAAUAAUGAGCCUCAGAUUUUGUGUAAAUUUAUGCAGUAUUCAUCCAUCAAUCUUGUCUCUUCCUAAACUUGUUUCUUUGGAUCUAGAGGGGUGCAUCACACUAAAGAAUCUUCAUGGGAAUAACCAUUUGAAAUCUCUCAAGAAACUCAACCUAAAUUAUUGCUCUGCUCUCAAGGAAUUUUUGUUGUCAUCAGAAGAAAUGAGAAGUUUAAGUUUAUUUGGUACUGGUAUCGAAACCUUGAACUUGCCAUUUGGACGGUACAAUAAACUUGAAGAGCUAUAUCUCGGUGGGGCUCUCAGGAACUUUCAAGUAAAUGAGCUAAGUAGCUUGACAUCUCUUAAAAUAUUCUCUCUUGAUCGUUUUGAAGGAAGAAUAGUCAAAUCAAAAUUAUUCAUUCUGUUUGAUGCGUGGUGUUCGUUAGAAGAAUUGAGGUUGACAGACUGUGAGGUUUCUGAGAUCCCUGAUAAUAUCAGUGCCAUGUCAUUGUUGAAGAUUCUAUCACUACGAGGAAGCAGCGUUAAGAGUUUGCCAGAUAGCAUCAAGCAUCUUUCAGAGCUCAGAGAAAUUGAUUUGGGUAAUUGCAAGAGCCUUAGGUCCUUACCAGAACUUCCAUCCUCCCUUACUCAUUGUCAUCUCCACGAAUGCCAAUCACUGAAGACCUUCAGUUUCCCACUAAUGCGAGCAAUACAUAACUCUAGUGAGGUUAGAGUUUGUUAUCUCGGAAGCACAAUCCCAGAGGGCUUCAAAUAUUCCCAGACCGCUAAGAGCUCUAUUAGUAUUGAGCUUGCACCAGCUUCUUCUGACCAUUUAUUGGGUUUCGCUUCUUGUUGCAUUGUUUCCCCAUCGACGCUGCUACGAGUUGACAGAAAAUUCCACUUUGAAGAUGAAAAGAUCUAUUACGAGAGUGACAAGAUCAUAUUCCUUAUGAAUCCGAGUACAGAUCAUGUUUUUUUAUGGUAUGAUCCAGUGGAUCGCAUGUUGAAGGAAAACCAAAGAAGGCGAUUUGAUGAGGGCGGCACUUACAAGUUUGCAUGUGAAUUCUUCUACGGAGUUUGCUCCGAUCGUUCUGCGGAUGAAUUUAAUGACGGGAUAAAAAGGUGUGGAAUUUGGCCAAUAUAUGCAUCAGAAUUACAGGAAAAGUGGAAUUCAGGCUAG